GCUGUUGAACAUCCACCGGACGUGCCGCUACAAAUUCUGGCUGGACCAGGCAGUGGAAAGACCAGGGUCCUCACCACUCGCAUCGCAUAUCUAAUCUCGAAGCAUGGGUUCGCACCUUCGUCUAUAUGCGCCGUAACGUUCACCAACAAGGCGGCGAAUGAGAUGCGCGAGCGCCUGACGAAGCUUUUGGGGAGUCAACGCACCUCUGAGAUCAGAAUGGGCACUUUCCAUGCGCUUUGCGCCAUGUCCCUGCGUCGGUAUGCGACUUCAGUGGGCUUAGAGUCAAACUUCACCGUCUGUGACGCCGACGAGAGCAAGAAAAUUGUCGGGAGAUUGCUAAAGACAUACAACGCGUUCCUUGAGGAGAAGAACAUCUCACUGAAGGAAGGUGUCGUGCUCUCGAUGAUCUCGAAGGCAAAGGCCAAAGGAACUUCGGCAGAAGAGAUGCUAGCUACUGUCAACAAAGGGUCCCAUAAAUUGGAUCCACUCACCCACGUCGUAGCCGAGAUAUAUGCGGAGUAUCAGUCAGCUUUACGAAAAUCGAACUCCCUCGACUUCGACGAUCUCCUCGUAUACGGUGUCAAACUUUUCAAGUGGAACAACGGCCAAGUAGUGAGAUGGUGUAAACAUGUGCUCGUCGACGAAUUCCAGGACACCAACACGACGCAAUACGAGCUGAUGAUGCGCAUCGCUGCGGCACAUAGGUGUGUGACUAUCGUUGGUGACCCUGAUCAGUCCAUCUAUGGAUGGCGAUCCGCUGAGGUCGAAAACCUGGCCAAGAUGCGGAAGGACUUUCCGGCGACGAAAGAAAUAUUGCUCGAGCAGAACUAUCGUUCAACUGGCUCCAUCCUUGCUGCUAGCCUGGCCAUUGUAGAGCAGGAUAAAACACGGAUACGAAAAUCCCUCCGCACCACUCACCCGACAUCUACGUUGCCGGUGCUUCAACAGCUUCCCUCCGAGCAAAUGGAAGCGCAGUUUAUUGCCCUCGAGAUCAAGCGAUUGGUAGCCGAAUUCGGAGGAGCGCUAAACUGGAGUGAUUUCGCUGUUCUGCUUCGCUUCAGCGCCCUUUCUCGCACGGUUGAGAGCGCACUGCAAAAGCAGGGGAUCCCUAGUCGAGUACUUGGAGGGCACAAGUUCUUCGACCGCGUCGAGGUCAAGGACACCCUGGCGUACCUCCAACUUGUGGACAAUCAUCUAUUCGUGCCUGCGUUCAUGCGCGUCGUCAAUGUCCCGGCCCGUGGCAUUGGAGAAAAGACGGUGGCCGAACUGAUUCUACGAGCCUCUAGACUCAAUAUUUCUCCGCUGCAGUUGCUCGAGAAGAUCCAUGACGGCCGAACGCCUGACAUCAAGCCCCCAGUCAAGCGAAAAAUCGGCGCGUUCGUCACAGCCAUACGUAGGCUGCGCGAGUCGGCACAACAGGGAGCGUCCCCGGCAGAUCUUAUAAGACAACUGUUGGACCUCACCGGUUACGAAGAGCAUUUGAGGAAAACGCACGACGACUUCGACACCCGAAUGGAGAACAUAGAAGAGCUCAUUAACUUCGCCGCCGUUGCACAGACCACACCCUUACGAGUCUUCUUACAGGCAUCGAUGCUAUCGACCGACAGCGAGGCGCAAGAUGAGCAAUCGGCGAAUGAGAAAGUUACUAUAUCAACUUGCCAUGCGGCGAAGGGACUGGAAUGGCCAGUGGUUAUGAUACCAGCUGUGGAAAACGGCGUCUUUCCCUUCUAUCGGUCGGAGGACACAGAAGAAGAACGACGUCUGCUCUAUGUUGCCUGUACGCGUGCCCAAGGCUUCCUGUACCUUACGCACGUAAGCAACAGGAUGGCAGGUGGGGAAGCGAAGAAAAGAGAACUGUCGGAGUUCAUUUCCGUGCUGUCAAAAGCUCCCAGAGUACGCAUCAUCUCACAGAUUCCUCUUUUUUUACCUCACUCUCCACGAUUAGCCACCCCGGAUCGUGUCAACGUCGCUCGUAUGUUGGGAAGACAGCCACCUGAUGAAAGGCAGGUCGCUCGACGAGUAGCAGACUAG